AAAAAAUUGCACUGACUGAUAUGCGAAGCCGUGUAUGACAGUGUCACUGACAGAUUAAAAACGAGUAUAUCUAAUAUCUCCGUCAGACACAUCAACUGCCUGGAUGCCGACGUGAAGCCAGUACUGCCGGAAACACAUCAAGCCUAAGAUGACCGGUGUGCUGACCCCUGACAUGUAAAUGGCGUCCAAAGUGAGAGAUGCUGUGGUGUGGUACCAGAAGAAGAUCGGGGCCUACGAUCAGCAGAUAUGGGAGAAGUCUGUGGAGCAGCGGGAGAUCAAGUUUAUUAGACUGGGCCUGAGGAACAAGCCAAAGAAGACCGGCCAUGUGAAGCCAGACCUCAUCGAUGUGGACCUGGUCAGAGGCUCCGCGUUCGCCAAGGCCAAGCCUGAGAGCCCGUGGACCUCCCUGACGCGCAAGGGCAUCGUGAGGGUGGUCUUCUUCCCCUUCUUCUUCAGAUGGUGGAUCCAGGUCACCUCCAGGGCCAUCUUCUUCCUGCUGCUCUCCCUCUAUCUCCUCCAAGCGGCGGCGGCGGUGCUGUUCUUCGCCGCGCGGCCGACCCUCACCAUCCCCGUCACCGAGGUGUUCGGGGGCAUAUGGCUGAUGCUGCUCCUGGGGACCGUGCACUGCCAGAUCGUGUCCACUCGGACCCCCAAGCCCACCCCCAGCAGCGGGGGGAAGAGGAGAAGGAAGUUAAGGAGGGCAGCUCACUUGGAGGUGCAUAGGGAAGGCGAUGGCUCUAGCACUACCGAUCACACUCAGGAGGGGGUGCUGCACUGCUCUGGGGCUGCAGCCACUCACAGCCUUGCUGCUUUCUUCAGACAGCUCUGGCAUGAUAUCUGUAAAACGGGGUCCAAGAAGUCAAAGUUGUCCAUCGACAAGUCGACGGAGACGGACAACGGCUACGUGUCCCUGGACGGGCGGGUCACCAGUAAGAGCAGCGAGGAGGGCCUGCAGCUCCACGAGCCCGUGUGUGACCUCCUGCGCUCGGAGGAGACCUGCUGGGGCGCUGUACCUCCCCAAAACAACCUUCUGCUGCCCCCCAUUGGCAAGGAGCCCCCCAGUCCCCGUAGUGUGGAGAACAUGUCGGAUGAGGCGUCCAGUGAGGAGGACCCCGAGGCCUACAGCGUGAUCCGCCGCGGUGUGGAGCGCUUGAACAACGACUGCACACUACGCAACAGGAAGCUGCACCACUACAAGAAACACUACCCUGCUGAGGAGACGCCCAAGUCGGGCACCAGCUGCAGCUCGCGCUGCUCCAGCCUGCGGCAGGACUCGGAGAGCACGCGGCACGAGUCGGAGACCGAGGACGUGCUCUGGGAGGACUUCCUGCACUGCGCCGAGUGCCGCUCCUCCUGCACCAGCGAGACCGAGGGCGAGGGCAACGCCGUCUGCCCCGCCGCGCCCAAGAAGGAGUACCGCGACGACCCCUUCCACCAGGGCCACGUCCCGUGGCUGCACAGCUCCAACCCGGGCCUGGAGCGCGUCAGCGCCAUCGUGUGGGAGGGCAACGAGUGCAAGAAGGCCGACAUGUCCGUGCUGGAGAUCAGCGGCAUGAUCAUGAACAGGGUGAAUCUCUACACGCCUGGGAUCGGGUACCAGAUAUUUGGGAACCUGGUGUCGGUGGUGCUGGGCCUGACGCCCCUGGCCUACAGGCUGUCCCAGUACAGAGACCUGGAUCAGCUGACCACGCUGUCGGGGCGCGAGCUGGUCUCCGUCGCCUUCGGCUCCAGCUCGGACGUCAUGGUGAUCACCAUGGUGACCGUCAGCCUGGUGGUGCGCGGCUGCCUCACCUGGCUCUUCUUCUUCCUGCUGAGCGUGGCCGAGAGGACCUACAAGCAGAGGCUGUUGUUCGCCAAGCUCUUUGGCCACCUCACCUCUGCCAGGAGGGCCAGGAAGUCCGAGGUCCCGCACUUCCGCCUGAAGAAAGUGCAGAACAUCAAGAUGUGGCUCUCCCUGCGCUCCUACCUGAAGAGGCGGGGCCCUCAGCGCUCGGUGGAUGUCAUCGUGUCCUCUGCGUUCCUGCUCACCCUCUCUGUCAUCGUCAUCUGCUGUGCCCAGCUGCUCCACGUGCACGAGACGUUCCUGGAGUGUCACUACAACUGGGAGCUGGUGAUCUGGUGCACCUCCCUCUCCCUCUUCCUGCUGCGCUUCGUCACCCUGGGGUCUGAGACCAGCAAGAAGUACAGCAACACCUCCAUCUUACUGACAGAGCAGAUAAAUCUGUACCUGAAAAUGGAGAAGAAACCAAAUAAAAAAGAAGAACUGACCCUGGUGAAUAAUGUGCUGAAGUUGGCCACCAAGCUACUGAAGGAGCUGGACACCCCCUUCAGACUGUACGGACUGACCAUGAACCCCCUCCUCUACAACAUCACCCAGGUGGUGAUCCUGUCGGCCGUGUCUGGGGUCAUCAGCGACCUGCUGGGGUUCAAUCUGAAGCUCUGGAAGAUCAAAUCGUGACAGGAAGCUAUGUGAAUUCAGCAGGGCCCCAAGCUAAGGGAAGAAACACACUCGACCAGAGGGGGGCGCUGUUGAGACUGUCUACGGACUCUGAUAAUGAACUGUGGCCCUUUUCCCAGACGAAUCGAAGUGCUUACAUUUCACGUACUUGUGCAAUUCAGAUAUUUAUUUUACCCUUUCAGUGUUUUUAGGUUUUUUGCCUUUGUUUUAGUGACAUGUUUUUAUUGAAAGUAUUAUUUUUUUGGCAGCAGGUAUGUGUUCUCAGAGCUAUGCUCAAACAGCAGAGAUGACAUCCUAGGGGAAAUGGUGAAAAUCUGGGGGGGGGGGGGGGGGUACAGCGAAGAGUUACGGCACUUUCGUGUAUGCAUGCAUGCGUAUGCACUCGCAUACGUUUGUAUGCAUUGUAUAUAAUGCAACUCUUCAAAGAAUCACAUUUAUUUAGUGUAGAUGUAGUCAGUUCACUGUGAACACUACAGGACAUUGUGGUCUCAGAACAUCACAUACUCAUCACAUUGUGAAGAACACACACACACACACACACACACACACACACACACACACACACAAUUUCUCAUCACAAAAUGUGUUUAGAUCCUUCAGAUGGUGCACCAGACGCAAAGAGUCAGCUGUUGGCUUGACAGCAUUUGCUCUCGAAAUGCCAGCACACCAAAGUUCAGAAUCCAAACACCAGACACUGUGUGCGCACAAAAAAAACCCAUCAAAAUGGAUGCUGUUUGGUGUCAAAGUGGGAAGGUCGUUUUAUCCAUCAGACACCGCAUCCACUGGUGUUUCCGCCUUUGGUCUCAACCCAACUGACGAUUGGAGGGAAGGUGUUUCUACAAACUACAAUCACUCCGUGUGUUGCUGGAUGCUGGCAAUAAGAAACCAGCCAGGUUUCUGUUUGUUGCCCUGUGUACUCUCUCUUUCUUACUCCCUCUCUCUGUCCGUUCUCUUUUUGUUCUCUCAAUCUCUCUUUAUUCUCUCUGUCUCUCUCUCUCUGGCUUUGUGUUGUGGCUUUGUCAGAGCGUACUUUUCCACGGUCAAUCUGUAUUUCAAGCAAUAACUGACAGUGCUACUCAGACUGAAGGUGUUUUGCUAGUCCUAGUUAAGUGUAAAUAUUAAAACACUGGGAUGUUUGUGGCUCCAGUUAGGCAUGCCUGAAAACAUGCACUUUAUUAAAACAAACAAAAAAAUUGUUACAUGUUUCAAUGUCAAAACUUGUUUUUCUGAAGAAGAGCCUUUUUUUGGUUUUGUUUUUGUAUUGUUUGCGUGGGACAGUCAGUAUGAAGAUGACCAAAGUGCAUUUUGCUGGAAAAGAAUGUAUAACACAUGCAUUUAAAAUGAGUUUGGUUUUUUUUUGAAAAUGCUUUAAAAGGAUAUUGAUGUUGCUUUUUUUUGUUGCUUGUUUCGUUUUAUUUCUAAAUACGGUCACUUACGCUUUUUAGAUGUCAGGAAAUGUUUGCAGUACUAAAAAAAAAAAAAAAUGUUAAGUUGGAAGGUAAAAGAUGGGGGACAGAAUUGUUUCAUAAAAACAAUGCUAUGCAUUGUACUUCCUUUUUUAAAAGGAGGUCUGCAUAUUUAAGUUAUAAGUUAAAAAAAUAGUUUUUUGUGAGCAAGUCUAUUUAUAUUAGUUCCACGUUUUUAUAUAAAAUAUGGACUUCCGAGAGUAUCAUUGAGAAUAAGCUACAGGCUGCGCUCUCUGAAACAGACAGUGAACCUGAAGUGCAUCAACUCCAUUGACUCCAUGUACCACGUGACACUGUAAUCAUCAAAAUAUUCAUUAAAACUUACUGUGGCUGA